AUGGAUCUACAGAAUCGCCAGAUAGCAGAGAACAAUCGGAGGGGAGGCACCGCGAAUCUUCAGACGAACCACCGCAACCACCCUACCGUUGGGCAUAUCAUCCGAGCCUCAGAGCACGACUGGCUCAGUGCUCGCGAUGUUUACCUGAUUCUCCGACAGAGGAGGAGUUUGACUGUCUCCGGCAAUUUAAAUCCUCGACAUGGAAUUCAAGGACUGUUUCUCUUCUAUUGUCACCGAUUCUUCAACUACAGGAACGGCUUCAUAGACAGGCAUACAUUCAUUCGCAGCCAUGGUGAGAACAAUAUCAGAGUCACCCAGUCUCGACCUCUUAUUCCCGUUCCUCUUGCUCCCACUUACCACCGUAGGUUACACCGAUGCCAUAGCAGGUAA